AUGCCCCAGGCUCAAGCCGCUCUUCUGAAAGCGAACGCUGAUGAAAACAAUCAUCCAAAUCGAUCUCCAAGGCUUUCGCGCUCCCCUCAUCCGUACAGCAAGCAACAGAGCGAUGUGCUCCAAGACAACGGAAAUGCCGCGGCAUGCCUACGCAAUGCCCUCGUCGGUCCAACCGUGACCGCCUCUCUGAACUCUAAAAAGAAUGAACAUACAUAUUUCGACGCUGACCAUCGGAAGAGACGGAAAGGUUCCUCCUCGCCGAGUGACAGUGGUACCGAAGCCGACGAUGAGCGUGGACGUAACUCAUUACUAGGGUUACCUGCCCCACCCAUCAGGCCAAGGAAAGGUCUCAAAGGCCCCAAUGGCUCGGGAACGGACAGCCCGUUGCUGACACCCUCGUACCUGGACGCGGAAUCCCGCAAACUGGACUCAAAAGCACAAAUCAAGCGUUGGGGGAGCUUACAAAGUCAGAGUUGCACUGAUGAAGAGACGAUCAAACUCAGACAAAAGUUCAAUCAGAGAAGACGAGCAGAGCUUAUACGGAGGGUCUCGGAAACGAGCUUGAUGGGAGCCAUUGGCUUCAUCGCCUGCCGCAGUGACAGUGGAUGGCUUUUGCGCCUAUGGGCUGGAGGGUAUCUUCACUCCAGCUUCCUUGCGUCGGAAUCCCGCCUCGAUCACGUCCCGAUAGCGCUUUUGAGCCAUGCUGUCGUUGUACUGGGUCUCUAUGCUCUCUACCCGGUUCGGAUCAUAUACAAGAAUCAUGCUCUAAGUGUGUCCAAGAAUCGGUCUCGGUUCUACAUUCACAUUCCAGCAGCAUUUGACCCAGCCCCAUUACUCUACCCUAUACUUGUUCCUGUCUUUGUGGCAUUGUCGUUGAUGCAUGCAGAUCCAAGAUUCCUACUUCCUAACCUUGUUCUGAGCAUUUCCUCGAUACCUAGUAAGAUCAUUCCAUUUGGCAGUGAUCUACCAUGGUAUAGCUCUUGGCAAUGGAUCCUAUCCACCACGCCUGUCUUGGCCUCUCAGAUAUGGUACUUGAACAACGGUCAAACUCCAAUGUGGCUUGAACAUGCUGUACAUGAUGUAGUUGGUGUUGAGGUUCUGGUACUACUAUACCCACUUCAUCAAGCUCUAUUGCCCACGUUGGGGUACCUGACUACGACAAGCCUCUUGCCAGCGGAACUGCAACUCCUUUCUGCUUCCAUGAUCAAUCUACUCAUAGACUCUGCAUCACCACAAGCUUCGAUCUUGCAAUCACUCGUGUGGAUAGGUGGUCUAUUCAUCUUCAUACUGUGUGGUAAGGUUCUCAGAUGGGGGGUAGCGCUCGCUCGUAUACCAACUUGGCGCUAUCGACGGCCUAGAAACCACAUCCGUGGAAACAAGGGUGCCUUAUACACGAUGGACGAAUUCUUGAAUAGGAAACUCAACAAUUGGGGCUUGAUGGCCAUAGACUCUGAAGCUUCAGAAAGCGAGGAGCCCCAGAGACGCCCCAAAUUUCACGCGCGAAAGCGAAGUAUGCAACUGCCGAAGCUGGACACGCCCGAGAACGAGCCAACGGAAGGUGGCAGUUCAGCUCAGUACGCUUUGGAGAUGCCGAUCUUAGCUUUGAAGGAUCAGAAACAGCCAGCAAUUCCCGGAGUGAGUGGCACAACCAAAGUUCCUCGAAAGAUGAUGGAACGCCAACGACGAUAUACUCUGCCUUCAUACGUCGGCUCACCUCCAGAUAGCCCGUCGAAAGCCUCUCUCGAACGUAGCAGAAUGUCUCCAUUCUCGUCCGCCAAGUCAUGGUCUUUUCGCUCCCUGACCAAAGCCCAGGCGACUGUUGUGAAAUGGAUGUUCGCACUCUAUGUGUAUGCUACAGUGACUGCGGUAAUUGCUUUUGCUAUCAGGCCCUACGUUGGCGGCAAAGCUUUGCACGGGCAGGAACCGGUAGGUUGGGCUCUCGGCUACCUACUCGGAGACCUACAUCUGUCGAGAUACCUAGUGUCUAAAUGGAGUCUCGAGGACUGGAUUUGCUUGCCGCAAGGAACUCCUCCUUAUUCAAUUCUCGACAUUCGCAGCUGGAAGGAGCUAUUUCGACCCGAAAACGUAGGAGCCGCCAACCUACGAUUGCUCAUCUGCGCUUACUGUCUCAGCAUCAUCCUCGCUGGCUUGACAGUUGUAUUUCGCCUCAGUACUGUAGCCGACGUCGACACACGACGUAAAGUAUUCCAUGGCAUGAUGGUGGUCAUGUUUUUACCUACCACUUUCAUUGACCCCACAUUCAUCUCGCUUGCGCUGAUACUCAUUCUGGCCGUCUUUCUCCUUCUCGACCUCUUCCGAGCAUCACAGUUGCCUCCACUUUCGAAGCCAUUGACCUACUUUUUGGCUCCCUAUGUUGAUGGCAGGGACCAUCGGGGUCCGGUCAUCGUAUCGCACAUCUUCCUAUUGAUCGGCUGUGCCAUACCUCUCUGGCUAUCUCUGGCAGCUAUUGAGCGGACAGGAGACACUCCUUGGAAAGGAUGGGACGUAUCGCGACGAGAACUUAGCAUGAUCAGCGGGGUCGUCUGCGUCGGCAUGGGAGAUGCAGCGGCGUCAUUGAUAGGACGACGCUAUGGACGGCGAAGAUGGUGCUGGAGUGGAGGCAAGAGCUUUGAAGGCAGCUUUGCUUUUGCUGUGGCUGUGGUCUUGGGGCUGGGCUUUGCAAGGCUAUGGCUUCUCCUAGGAGGCUGGGCUGGCGAUCAUGGAGACUCGUGGGCUACUACGUUGGGCAAAGCCUGUAUUGCCGGUACAGGCGCAAGUCUCACAGAGGCAGUGUUAACAGGCGGCAAUGACAAUGUCAUCGUGCCUAUCAUCCUUUGGCUUCUCGUACGAGGCUUGAGGAUAUGA